AUGACAGGACGCUCCACUCUGAGAAUCACUGACCUGAGAGACAGUGAUUCAGCUCAGUAUCGCUUCAAAUUCAAAACGUAUUGGUCUGAAUGGCAGAGUGGUUUACCUGGUACAACUCUGACUGUCACAGAUGCUCCGAGGGUUCCCACAGUGUGGGUGAGUCCCCCUGGUGACAUUAUGAAGAACAGUUCAGUGACUCUCAGCUGUAGCAGUGAUGCUAACCCCCCCGCUGUGUACACCUGGUACAAAAACAACCAAUCACUGCUCAGGAAAGAACCACAGCUCGUCUUCAGCUCCAUCCAGUCCUCUGACUCUGGACAGUAUUACUGCACAGCUGAGAAUGAUCUGGGGAGGAGGACAUCUAAUUUUAUCUUCAUUAAUGUGAAAUAUGGUCCACAGACGUCCACCCUGUCAGUGAGUCCCUCUGGUGAGAUAGUGGAGGGAAGUUCAGUGACUCUGACCUGUAGCAGUGAUGCUAACCCAGCUGCUGAUUAUACCUGGUACAAGGAGAACCAAACACUGCUUCAAGGACCAGAGGACAUUUAUAAUUUCUCCUCCAUCAGAUCUGAGGACAGAGGGUUUUACCAGUGCAAGUCUGAGAAUCAGUAUGGACAGAUCAGCUCUGAACCUCUGUUCUUAGAUGUCCAGUAUACUCCAAAGCUUCCCUCUGUGUCAGUGAGUCCCUCUGCUGAGAUAAAGGAGGGAAGUUCAGUGACUCUGACCUGUAGCAGUGAUGCUAACCCAGCAGCUAAUUAUACCUGGUACAAGGAGGAUGAAGACUCAGCAAAAGCUUCAGGACAGAUCUUCAUCAUCACCAACAUCAGAGCUGAGCACAGUGGGAGUUAUUACUGUGAAGCCCAGAACAGCAGAGGACGUACUAACUCCACCUUCCAUCUGACUGUUGUUCCAGGUGCAUUGAAAUCAGCAGCUGCCGGAACAGUCACUGCUGCUCUCCUGGCUCUCAUGCUCCUCGCUGUGUUCCUGUGGAUCAGAAGAAAGAAGUCGCGCACGGCCGGAGAGAGACCUGACAGCAGAGCGCAGCUAAACGUGGGUCCGGUGUACGACACCCCGUCAGCUGCAGCACAGAGACGACCAGCAGAACAGCAGGAUGACCUUCACUACGCCAGCAUCUGCCUCUCACCGCAGAACGCAGAGGCCGUCUACUGCAACGUCGGGCGAGUUCAACCCCAGAGAGGAACAGAGGAAGACGAGGAGGAGGAGGAUGGGGUUGAUUACUCUGUUGUCAGAUUUGACAAAGGCAGCAGUGCAGCAGGAACAAGAAUUCAAGAAGAUGGGGAGGAUCCAUGUGCUCUGUACAGUGCAGUCAACAAAAAACUAUAAGAACACAACAUGAAUCUGUGGUUUGUUAUUCAUACAUGAUUCUAAACAUCAAGAAAAAAUAAAAACAUAUAAACCACAGUGGUAAACGUAGGUAAAGACU